AUGGUUCACUCUUCAGUUCUUGGUUUCCCCCGCAUGGGUGCAGACCGUGAGCUCAAGAAGGCGAACGAGGCAUACUGGGCCGACAAGCUCUCACGGGAGGAGCUGCUCAAGGAGGGCAAGCGUCUGCGUCUGGAGCACUGGAAGAUCCAAAAGGACGCCGGUGUCGACAUCAUCCCCAGCAACGACUUUGCUUUUUACGACCACCUCCUCGACCACAUUCAGCUCUUCAACGUAAGCAUCGAUUGCCAUCCGUCAUAG